AUGCAAGGCGGUGAAGAUGACGUCAGCUACGUCAACAAUUCCGAUCGCCAAGCUUUAGCUAUAACCUUAAGCAAACCAAUCCUUAUCUCAUCUCUCCAAACCAUCAAACUCUUUUCUACCAACUCUCCCAUCAGAAUCACCGACCUCGGCUGCGCAGCCGGCUCCAACACGUUCACGACUGUCGACACGGUGGUCGAAACGUUACGUAGACGAUACACGGCGGUGUACGGUGGUGGUUCUUUACCGGAGAUUGAGGCUUUCUUCUCUGACUUGCCUUCUAAUGACUUCAAUUUGUUGUUUAAACUGUUGACUGAGAAACGGAGAGUUGAUUCUCCGGCGAAGUAUUUCGCUGGAGGAGUCCCUGGUUCGUUCUAUGAUCGGCUUUUUCCCAGAGGAACGAUUCAUGUCGCUGUGAGCCUUAGUGCUUUACACUGGCUCUCUCAGUAUAUGCAAUCAGACCAUGAUUUGGAAAAUUUCUUGAAAUGUCGGAAAGAAGAAAUUGUGAAUGGAGGAGUGUUGUUUGUGUUAAUGGGUGGUCGUCCUUCGGGCUCAUGUAGUCAAUUUGGCGACCAAGGUACUCGAGCCAAACAUCCUUUCACAAUUACAAUGGAACAAGCUUGGCAAGAUUUAUUAGAUGAGGGUUUGAUAGAUGAAGAGACAAGAGACGGAUUCAACAUUCCGGCUUACAUGAGAAGUCCGGAGGAAGUGGCUGCCGGAAUUGACCGUAUCAGUGGUUUCAAGAUUGAGAAAAUGGAAUACAUGAAAGUGGUUGAACACUCGGAUGAGAAGAAAGAGGAGUGGAAGAAAGAUCCGGUUUCGUACGGUCGAGCCAGGACCAAUGUGGUUCAAGCUGCUAUUCGUCCCAUGGUCGAGGCUUACCUUGGACCGGACUUAUCCGAUAAGCUCUUCAAAAGAUACGAAAACCGGGUUUCGACAAACCGAGAAUUUCUUCAUAAAACUUGUUUCUAUGGAAUCGUCGUGUUUUCCGCAAUCCGAAUUUGA